AUGUCGUACCUCCCGCCUAUCAAUACGCUGUGGGACCACGCAUCUCAUCCAUCGAAACGAGCAUGGUCUCGAUCGCCUUCGCCCGAGCCAGCGCAUCACGAUACCGUCCAUACACAAGCAGGCCCUAGCACGCAGCUUACUCCCCUAAGGCAAGCUGCCAUUCAGCGUCGACUCGUCCGACAAUCAACACGAGGCGAUCAUCUACCAAUGCGAACGAGGAGCGCCGAACAAGCACGCCUGCUCCGUGCCUUGAAAGGCUAUCCGCCCAUCGGAAGUUCAGCCGAUGCAGAUCAACUGAGCGACCUCGAAGAAUCGAUUGAAGUGGGAAGGUUCCAAAUGGUGCGCUUCGGAGAACGGUAUAUCGUUCAGAUUGGCCGACGACGGACGAUGCGCGAAGAGGAGCUCUCGAACGAAGAGGACGACGGAAGAAGAGCUGGCUUCUCCGCUGUAGAUGCCGGACUUUCGUUCGCACCAGAGGGUGGAGUGUUGCCAGCGAUGCAAGACGCGUCGCUGCAGACGAAUGGAGGUGACAACGAGGGUAUAACAGGUCCAGGUCUCUUUGUUGGGGGUCAUACGGGUCAUGCACAGGCAGAAUUCAACCAGAGACGGAUUGCAGAAGCGGAACGAAGGGCUAGAGAUGCUGAAGCGGGGGCGAAUAGAGCCGCUGCUGCCGCCGAAGCUGCACGCAGCCAGGCCGAAAGACAAGCUGCAUUUCAAGAGGAGCAAGAUGCAGUGGAUCUGGACGCAGAUGUCGAGGAUCUCGACGAGGGUGACGACGAGGUCGAUUUUGAUUAG